AUGGCGACCCAGAGCUCCACAUCACUGCAAGAUUUGAUUCGGGAAGAUUUUUUGACUUGCAGAAUCUGCUAUGACCUAUAUGUGGUUCCCAAAAUCCUACCGUGUCUGCAUAGCUACUGCCAGAAGUGCCUGGAACCACUGGUGGAAAAUGGGACCGUGCAGUGUCCCGAGUGCCGCUUACAAACCGAGGUCCCAGGAGGUGCCACUGGCUUGAAGUCCAACUUCUUCAUCAAUGGUCUCCUGGAGCUGUUCCAGAUGAAGCGCAACAAGGACCUGGAGUGCACAAUCUGCUCUAAUGCUCAGAAGGUCGUGGCUGCUACUGCCCGUUGCCUGGACUGCAAGGAUUUUCUGUGUCAGACGUGUUCUCAAGGCCACUGCUGCUCCCGACUCACGCUGCAUCAUAAGGUGGUGAACCUGGAAGAGUUCCUGGCUGGACACUAUGACAGUGAAGUGAGAUUCUUGCAGGAACUGUGCUGCCAGGAUCACCCCCAGGAGGCACUUCGCUUCUUCUGUGACACCUGCAGUGUGCCCAUCUGUAGGGAUUGCCGCAUGCUGGACCAUUUCCAGCACAAGGUGGUCUCCAUGGUCAAUGCAGUGCAACGGGAAAAGCCCUCUGUAGAGCAGCUGAUCAUGAGCCUAGAGGGAACUAUUACCUCCAUCUCUGAGCAAGAGAAAGUUGUGGAGGAGGCGAUGAGCAAACUGAAAGCAAAGGGAGAACUCAUCAAGAAAAGAAUCUGCGACUAUGUGGAAGAUGUCACUGCUUACAUCUUUGCUCAGAAGGAGGCUGCUCUGGAGAAGCUAAACGUUUUCCUGACUCAACAGAUGGAGGGAUGUAGUACAGUACAGAAGGAGCUGCAGAGCCAGAAGGACAAAGCUAAGAGCACUCAAGAGUUUUCUCAGCAUAUUCUCUGUGUAGGGAAGGACUAUGAGAUCCUUCAUCUGGAAGGAAUGAUCAGGAACAGGGUUCAGGAGCUUCAGGCGUAUAGGUUGCAGCGACUCCCAAACCAGACCCCAGAGCUAGCUAUUGCUUGGGAUGAGCCGGAGGAGCUCUCUGAAGCACCACUUUUCAGUUUUGCGUUUCCUCAGGAGCAACCAGGAAGAGACGUGCAACGAUUGGAGCUAGGCAAUGAGUCCUUCACUUCUCUUGAGAGUGAUGAGGUCACAGACCCUCCUUCUGACUCUGAUGAAGACUCCUGCAUGAGUGUGUCUGACUCCCCUACUAAAAGCUCCUCUUCCUACACUAGUUUCAGGGCUGGAGUAGAAUAUACUUACAGCUUUGAACUGGACCCAUCCUUUUUUGCCUUGGAAAAGCCCAAUAUCACUGGGAUUGCUGUGGUGCCCCACACUGGCCAAAUUCUUCUUUUGGAUCAGGCAAAUAAUGAGAUAAAGCAAUAUAGCCCUACUGGUCAAUUCCAGCGAGUGAUUCAUUUGUCUGGUCAACUUUCUGACUCUGCUUUUUGUGGUAUCUCUGUGUGUGGAAAGAUACUGGCCUGUUCGUCAGAGACUCACCUUUUUUUCUUGACUCUUGAAGGCGUAUUCCUCCGCAAAUUGCAGAUGAGGGGAUCGGAGUCCUCCUACGCUCUGGCCUCUUACCAGAGCUCAUAUGUGGCUGUCAGUGAGGGGACUCUCUGUUCCAUCUCACUGUAUAGCCCUUCAGCCUUUUGUGUUGGCAGAGUCCAGCCAGACAACUACCACGGGGGAAAAUUUCUGUUCAUUGCAAUCAAUAGCUGGGAGGAGUUUGUUGUCUCAGACUUCAUCAAGAAACAGAUUGUUGUCAUGAAGAAAUCUGGGCUGAUUCUUAGUGUGCUGAAGCCUUCGACCUCAGUGCUGAGCAGGCCGUUCAGUGUCUGUGUUGAUGAAACCAGGAGUGUUUUUGUGAUUGAUCAGUACAAGGUGAUACAGUUCUCACCAAAUGAUGAGACUGGGAAAGUGGUGUUGAAUGACCAGAGUCAGGUGAGGAGACCUAGGGUGCUUGCUGUCAGUGGUGAGAACCUCAUUUUGGUGCGGGAAGAUGGAAGAACGGAUGUCUAUUCCCUAUAG